UAAAGAAAAUUUGUGGUUAGGUUGAUUUGAAAAUAAGGUUCAGUGCAUCUGCAUGGUACUUAGUGCAGUUAAAUAGAUUUUACUUUAAAAUUUAACUUAGAUCACGGAUAAACAUCUUACAGUAUGUCAGUAGAUAGUGAAAGUGUUAGUAAGCGUGAGAGUAACCUCCCUAGGGAGCGGGAGCUAAGCUUACAACAACAGCACACAGAGCCAUGCCGGGAGGAGGCGAGUGGUACUUCUAACGACUUCCGACAAUGGCAGAGCUCUAUCAACUUAAUGUGCGAUGAGAAGAUGGAUAUCGAUCUGAUCAAGUCUGAAAUCGAGCUGCCAUUAGCAAAGAAAGGCUCUAAGGACUUUGAUAUCUAUUGCAUCCCUGGCAUUCGCCCACUCGACCCUGAUGCAGCAUUGGUAAAGGAAGGAUCUAAGGACUUGGACGUUUGUUGCAUCCCUGGAAUUCGCCUACUCGUCUCUCCUGCAGCUAAAAAGAAGAAGGUGAACUUCCAAGAAUAA